UAUGCACCUAUCAGUUGGUUGUGAUCUGCCACACUCAUUUGAAGAAGAUUUCUUGGGAGAACGCUUUCUCCCUUGAAUAACAAAGAUCAACUUCAUGAAAUGGACUAAACAGGCCAAUUGACGCUUUAGUAGGACAAAGCACUCUUUCCCAACUGGUGUGGAGAUUUUCUUUUCAGUCAAGCUCAGAAAUGGACAAUACAUCUUCUUCAACCAGAGAAGUGGAGAGUGUAUUUCUCAACAAACACAUGCUUGGAUAUGAUUCUGAAGAUUCAAUCAGCAACAUAGAAAUAAAAGAAUAUGAAUAUGUGCCAGGAACAGAAAGUGACAGUGAGAGCAGCUUAGAGGACUUUACUGCAUUGAAGAACAAAUGCACCACUAAAGCAAGAUCUGCACCUAAAGAUGGCCAACUUGACAAAGACGUGCUUGGAUAUGAUUCUGAAGACUCAAUCAGCAGCAUAGAAAUAACAGAAUAUGAAUAUGUGCCAGAAUAUGAAUAUGUGCCAGGAACAGAAAGUGACAGUGAGAGCAGCUUAGAGGACUUUACUGCAUUGAAGGACAAAUGCCCUACUAAAGCAAGAUUGGAACCUAAAGAUGGCCAACUUGACAAAGACAGGUUUGGAUAUAAUUCUGAAGACUCAAUCAGCAGCACAGAAAUAACACGAGAUGAAUAUGUGUCAAGAACAGAAAGUGACAGUGAGAGCAGCUUGGAGCACUGCACUGUAUUGAAGAACAAAGGCCCCACCAAAGCAAGAUCUGCUCCUAAAGAUGGUCCAAAAAAGACUUAUAAGCGACAUAGAAAUACAGAAUCUGACACCUCUGUGCAAGAAUCCACAAGUUCACUUGAAGUCAUGCACGUUACAAAGACUAAAGAUGGAUCAAGAAGAUACACCAAAAAACAUUACUGUCUCUUUUGUGAGAAACCACAAUCAAAAAUUGCCCGGCAUCUGGAAAUGAUUCAUAAAAGUGAGGCUGAAGUUGCAAAGGCCCUUUCUUUCCCAAAGAACUCCAAGGACAGAAAGCUCCAACUGACUAUACUGAGAAAACGAGGGGACAGAGCACACAACAUGCAAGUCAUAAGAGAAGGCAAAGGUGUUAUAGUUCCUUGUAAACAAACCAGUUCCCCAAAUGGAAAUCCAAAAGACUUCUUGCACUGUGCAAACUGCCAAGGACUCUUUAAAAGAAAAUUCCUAUGGAAACACAUGAAAAGAUGCCCACUGAGUGGUGUACGUCUGAAACCUGGUAAAACACGAGUGCAGGCUAUUUGUGCCCAUGCACAACCUGUGCCAGAUGGGAUAAGCAAGGGACUGUGGAAACUCGUCAAUGAUAUGACACAAGAUGAGGUGGUAGAUGUCAUAAAGAGUGACAAAUGUAUCAUCCAGUUCGGGGAGCAACAUUACAACAUCAUGGGACACAGACGUGCCAAUCAUGAAUUGAUACGGCAGAAAAUGCGCGAGCUAGGGAGACUGGUUUUGAAAGGGAAGCAGGUGUCACCUCUCACGAGAUUGGAGGAAUACAUUGAUCCAGCCAACUUCCUCCACACAAUCAGUGCAGUGAAAGCUGUUUGUGGCUUUGACAGUGAUAAGAAUACACUAAAGACACCUUCACUAGCCUUAAAACUUGGCCAUAACCUUCAGAAGGUUGCAGACAUAGUUAGUUGUGAGGCUAGGGUCUCCGGUAACAAGAAAAAGGCUCAGAAGGUAGAGGACUUCAAACAUAUCUAUAAGACAUGCUGGAGAGAGCACAUCUCGUGUCAUGCUCACAAAAUAUUUGAAGAAAAUAAGUUCAAUGCUCCACUGAUCUUGACAUUUGCUGAAGAUGUCAAGAAACUGCAUAUCCACCUUCAAGAAAAACAGAAAACCUGCUACAGCCAACUUUCCAAAGAACCUAACAGGAAGACGUGGGCACAGCUGGCUAAAGUCACUCUGUCACAAAUGACGGUCUUUAACCGAAAAAGACUGGGGGAAGCCUCCCUGAUGACAGUGGCCUCAUUCGCUUCUCGAGACAAAGCUGCUUUACAUGACGAUUAUGGGAACUCCCUCUCAGAUGUUGAACGGGCGCUAUGCCAACAUUUUAGUCGCAUAGAAAUACGUGGAAAGCGAUCAAGAAACGUUGCAGUGCUUCUAUCCCCUACAAUGAUCAAAUCAAUGGAGCUGCUCGCAGAGAAGCGUGAACAUUGCGGCGUUCUGAAGGAGAACAUCUAUAUGUUCGCCAUUCCAGGCUGUCCAACAUCAUUCAGAGGAUCAGACUGCCUGCGUCUCUUUGCCAAGAAGUGUGGGGCUAAAUGUCCAGAAUCCCUCUCGUCCACCAAAUUGCGUAAACUCAUCACCAUGAUGUCUACUGUACUCAACUUAAAUGACACCGACAUAGACCUGCUAGCCAAUUUCCUGGGACAUGAUCUACAGAUAGACAAUAAAUAUUACAGGUUACCUGAGGGAACACUUCAGCUGACAAAAAUCACCAAAGUCCUCAUGGCGAUGGAGCAGGGAAGGCUAAACGAAUUCAAGGGGAAAGGUCUUGACCAGAUCCACAUCAGUCCAGAGGAGUGUGUUGAGCUGGAUGAAGAGAGUGAUACAGACUUGACUGAAGAAACUCCUGGAAGGUCAUGUGAGCCACAAGAGAGGACACGGGAGGUCAUGGCAGGAAGAUCAGGAUCUAAGAAGAGGAAGUGGAGUGAGGAGGAGAAAGGGACAGUGAAAGAAACAUAUAUUAAAUUCAUGGACUCUGGAGCUACUCCAGGGAAUGCAGACUCGUGCAUCUAUCAAGGCAGUGCAACAAGCCCUCAGAGAGCGGGACUGGCGGGCAGUGAAGUAUUAUGUCAAGAACAGAAUUACAGCACAUGUGAGCGGGACUACCAAUAAAUGUUGUAGUCUGUCUGGCCCUCUGUCUGCUUGUCUUUCUGCCUCUGUCUGUUCGUCUGCCUGUCUGUCUCUGUCCCUUUGCCUGCCUGCCUGUCUGUCCUUCUGCCUGCCUGUCUGUCCCUCUGUCUGCCUGUCUGUCAGUCUGUGCCUCUGCCUGUCUGAAAUGCAGUGCCUCCAGAUUCCCUAGUUGUAAUCAAGACAAUAUUAUGUACAAUGUUUAAUAUUCACACAAUUACCCCAAUAAUGUAAAAGUUAAUUUGCAGUUUGUUUCUUUAUCAGAUGUUUGUUGGUUUUUUUGAAAGGGUAUUUAGUCCUAGGCAGUGUUGUGAUUAGUUACAAGAACAUGUAACAAAAGUAAUGUUAUGUUACAAUAUUACUUUGCAUAGAAAGUAACGUUAUAUUACUUGUUAUGUUACUUUCAUGAACAGUCUCAAAACCUCACUGUUUGACUGUCAGACGGAGUGAGGCAAGCCAUGCGUGCUCUACCAAAGAUACUACUAAUAAUGUCUAAUUCAUUAAAAAAAUCAAACAUC